CGUCGUGUUAGCCGUUAGGUUAUGUUCUUAAACAAUUCUCCAUCCUUCGUGCUUACACACCGAGUUUCUUUGAUGCCACUUAUUAUCACCUCCAAGUUCUGAGGGCUGAGGAUACAGUCGUCACUUGUCGCUAGUAUCAAACGAUCGCGAUGAUAUAAUAUCAUACAAUACGAUUGCGUAUUAUGAAAAUUUAUGAUCUAAGGUAUGAAAUAUUGAGAUGUUUAUCGUCAGCGAAUUCGAAGAGGUCGUGAAGGUGCAGCCGACGCAUUUGGAAGACGAUCAAAUGUCCCGGAUCGUCAUACACCUCAAUUCGAUGCUCGCCAACAAAGUGGUAAUGGACGUCGGCUUGUGUCUGUCGUUAUUCGACAUUUUGGAAAUCGGCGAUUCGAUAAUAUACCCGAGCGAGGGAGCGUAUUUUUCCAAGGUGCGAUUUAGAUUCAUCGUCUUCAGACCAUUUGUCGAAGAAAUACUCAUUGGAAAAGUAAAGAGCUCCAGUCCCGAUGGAGCUGUACUGACGACUGGCUUCUUUGAAGACAUAUUUGUGCCAGCAGCAAACAUGCAAAACCCCAGUCGUUUUGACGUCAAAGACAAAGUGUGGGUGUGGGAAUACGACAACUGUGGAGAUACAGUUGAGUUGCACAUGGACAUUGGUGAGACAGUUAGGUUUCGUGUAGUUUCAGAACAGUUUGUCGAUACGCAUCCAGGGGUGGACAGCGGGCUUUUAGACGCCGGUGAGAUAGCCACAUCAAAAUCAAAAUCACCAUAUUCAAUUGUUGGGACAGUAAGAGAACCUGGUUUAGGAGUAAUUGGAUGGUGGACAGAUUUAUAAAUUGUUAAAUAGGUAACACAAAUUAUUUGUAAGUAUAAAUUUUAAAUUAAAUGUUGCACAUAAUGAAAUCAAA